AUGGGAAUUACGACUGCGCAUAAGGUUGGUUUCGAGACAGGAUGUGAUUACACCGACCGUGAGAUUCGCUCCCUGCUGAGAUUUGCAAAACUCGAGAAGCUGCAUCUACGCAACGUGCCUCCAAAGAAGAUCCUGAGCCAAUUCCUGGCAGCGUAUGGGAUGAACCUGACUCAUCUCCGGAUUGACAGUUUGAACGCUUCUCCGAUGGAUUUAAAUCUGAAAUCUACUCUAAAAUUCUGCCCGCAACUGGAAUCACUCGUGUUGCGAAACGUGGAUUUGACCGACGACUCGGAGGACGUUAACAUUUCCCCUCAGUUGAAAAGUCUUCACUGGUGGCUCAUGCUUUCGACGAAAACCGUGACUUUGUCCAAGAUCCUGUCAGCUCCAAACCUUGAGAAACUUUCCAUUCUGUGCAGCAGAGUGCUGGACGCGAACGACUUGGAGAAGAUUUCCUCCCUGAUUGCGAAGGGACGGAUUUUACAACAACUAAACUCACUGCAUUUCUACUCCCACGUGGACGACAGCCUGGAGGCCAUGGCCGAUUUGUUGAAAAACGCGUCUGCGUAUCUGCCCAAACUGUCCUUCCUCCGGUGGGACCUUGAAAUGAGCUCUGCCUUUUGGUGCAACUUCGUUGAAAAUCAUCCAAAAAACGCUCGAGUUGCAGAUCCGUCUGUGAAAUUCUUUAAUUACUUUGGAGGCUUCAGCCCAAUCUUCGAGGCGUUUGAAAACACCCAAAUUAAAAUCGGUCAGCCGGACGGGGAAAAUUCCGUUACAAUUUGCAUGGAGGGAUUCGUAAACUUGUGA